UGCGCGUUCCUAGCCACAGCUCGGAAUAUACCCAAGUGCUCCCCAGGAGGUUUAGGAGGCGACGUGUUCGCAGUGACGCGUUCGAAGUCCAAGCAGGACAAGGCCACAGAGGAGCCGGUCCCGGGAAACGGAGCCAAUGACUCCGGGAUCAACAAGUCGGGAACCGACGGUCCCGGAACCAAUGACCCCGGGACCAACGAGUCGGGAGCCGACUGUCCAGGAACCAACAGGUCGGGAACCGACGGUCUUGAGGACGAGCCGACAGCCGCUUCCCGAAGCCCAGACCGUCAAGACCCCGAAGAAGACCCCGAAGAUGUCCGCACGGAACGAUGGAGAAGGAUUUGCUCUCACCAGGCACACGACCUGGGGUUAGCACCUUUGGUAAAGUUCCUCCGGGGUGAGACUGAGCACUUGUCCCUGAACCAAACGACACACUUGGCCAAGAUAGCAGACCAGUUUGUAUUGGACUCCCGGGAUGCCUUGUUCUAUGUGAGCCGGAGCACCCCGGAACGUCCCCGAGACGCAGCAGACCGCCUCCGCCUGGUAGUCCCCCAGGACCUCCAGGAGGACAUCCUGCACCACUGUCACGCGGACUUCCAAGGCGCUCAUCAGGGGAUCAUCCGGACCUAUGAGAGGCUGCGCAAGGAGUUCUACUGGAUCGGCAUGUUCAAGGACACCGAGCGAUAUGUCAAAGAAUGCGUUGACUGCGUCACGGCCAAGGGACUACCCCGGAACCCGGGACCGUCGCCCGGUAACCUGUUGGCCACGCGACUGUUUCAGGUCGUCUCCAUGGACUUCGUGAUACCGCUGCCCCGGUCCGUUCGGGGAAACAUGGCAUUGCUCCUGUUUCAGUGCGCGUUCUCGGGGUUCAUCAUGUGCAUGGCCAUGGCGAGCACCGAAUCCCAAGACGUUGAGAUGAUCCGUCACGACCGAGACCCGCGCUUCAUGGGUCGGGUGUUCAAGCACUUUCGGGAGAUGCUCGGGAGCAGGCAACGCGCCACUCUAGCCUAUCGUCCCCAGGCCAACGGACAACAAGAUAGGUCUGUGCAAACAGUGAUCUGGAGCGUUAAGGCGUACGUGCAGACUGUGGACCAAUACGACUGGGAUGAGCUAGCCGAAAAACUCAUGUGGGCACUGAACACCUCCUUCGACGUCACCCGACUCGACACGCCGUUUUACCUGGUGCACGGUUGGGACGCCCAAGGUACCGUCGAAGCCAUGGUGGGAGACGUUUCCCGAGACGUGCAGCUCCGGGACGCCCAGGAAUGGCGCAUCAAGGUGCAACGCCAGGUGGAAUACGCGAGGACCUGGGCCCGGGACCUCCAAGAAAAAGCCAAGAAGCGCCGGGCCGAGGACCAUAACCGCAAGUGGAAGCAGCUUACAGACCGACUGAAAGAGGGUUUCGAGGUCGGGGACUCAGUACGGCUGUACCUAGCCCGAGUCCGUCCCGGACCCACCAAGAAGCUCGCACAUCUCUGGCACGGCCCGUUCCGGGUCCGGGAAAAAAGGUUGAAGCCUAGAGCCAAGUACCCGGUGCGGCCCUCGGGAACCAUAGACAUCCUCGAGGACGACGACUUGGACGCUGCGUUGCCGCUGCUCUACGAGUUUGACCAAGGAGAGCGAGCUCGCGUGCGUUUCCAAGCCAUGCAGUCUGGAGACGAGCUCCCGGACGAAAAAAGAAGUCCGGUAGAGCCCUGGGGCGUGGACCCGGAGCCUACUACAGUAGUGGGCCCUGGAGUGUCCCCUAGAGACCCCAUGUUCCCGGGUGAGAAUACUCCCCAGAACAUGGGUGAAGUGCAUGUUUCCUGGGGCGUGGACCCGGGGCCCACUGCCAAAGUGCGCCCUGGCGUGUCCCCCAGAAGCCUUGUGUUCCAAGACGAGAAUACUCUCUGGGACACAAGUGAUUGCAUAUUUGCAUGA